GGUCGGUGAAUGAGCCUGCGGGGAUGGCUUCAGUAGGAGCAUCUGCAGUGCUGGGAGCGGAUGUGACCCUGAAGCCUGGUGCCUCCUUCACUCCUUUCACAGCACAGCCCUUCCCCCCGCCCACUACUGGCCCCGCACACCGGCCCCCUGGGGAGCAGCACCUGCCGCCCCUCAGGACCCCGUCAUUCCCUCCUGGCCGCCCCCUGGUGCUGCCUGCUUUGCCCAGGACACCUCUGGUGGCAGGAGAUGCUGGUCAAGGCCCCGUUGGGCCUGGGGCUUGUAACAUCAUGGACCAGGUGAGGUCAGAAGGGGGACGACCACAGCCCUCCCAGACUCAGACCAUUGUCCUGACUCAGGCCCCACCCAACUGGAAUGCUCCAGGGACCACCUGUGGGGGUGCUGUGUGUCCUGCACCCCUCUUCUUGGAAGCGUCUGCGGUGGAGACGAUUAUGCCCGCCUCGGCUUUUGGGGGCACCCAGGCCAGCGAUGGAGGCUGGUGUCCCGGCCUUCCUCCUCAAGCUCCACCACCAGCUGCCCAGCUGGCCCCCAUCGUCCCCUCUGUGAAUGCUGGGGCUCCGAGGAAGGGUGUCCUGGCCACCUCCCAGUCCAAGACCUCGCCGGAUGAUUCCUGUAACCCCAACAGUGUGUACAAAAAUUUCCGACGUUGGCAGCGCUUCAAGGCCCUGGCCCGGAGGCACCUUCCCCAGAGUCCUGAUGCGGAAGCUCUGUCCUGCUUCCUCAUCCCGGUGCUCCGGUCCCUGUCCCGCCUGAGGCCCACCAUGACGCUGGAGGAGGGAAUGUGGCGGGCCAUGCAGGAAUGGCAGCGCAAGAGCAACUUUGACCGGAUGAUCUAUUAUGAGAUGGCAGAAAAGUUCAUGGAGUUUGAGGCGGAGGAGCAGAUGCAGAUUCAGAAGUUGGAGUUGAAGAAGGGGGCGCACACCCAGCCCACUCCUGCCCCACCGAGACCUGAUCCUCGGGGGCCUCCAGCCCCAGUGGUGGGCGGGCAGCCAGCGCGCACUCCCAGGAAGGCCUUACCCAGUGCCCAGCACAUCCGAAGACACCAACGGCCCCAGGAGACCAAGUCACCCAGUGAGAUCCCCCCGGAGGUGGUGAGAGAGUACAUGGACAUCAUGGACAAUCUGCUGGGCCUGCCGCACUCAGCCACAGAGGCGCCAGGUGGAGGAUGGGAGGAUGAAGUAAAGGAGUGGCUGCAGGACGAGGGUCUCCUGAGCUACCUGGACCAGCUGUGCUCCCAGGAAGACUUUGUCACCCAGGUGGAGGCGGUCAUUCACCCCCAAUUCAUGGAACAAAUAAUUUCCCCAGACACACAGCAGGAUCCCUUGGCCCUAGCUGAGGAGUUGGAGCAGGAGGAAGGGCUCACUGCUGCCCAGCUGGUAGAGAAGCGACUCCUGACCUCCAAGGAGGGGGGCGUGCAGGCACCCCCAAGUCACAGUGCUCCCCUGUUGAACUCAAGUUCUUCUGAGUCUGAGAUCGGCCAAGAUGCCCAGAGGCGUGACCGUGGCCCCCAGCUGGGGGUCAGUGACAAAGCCUGGCCACCAGAGACUGACUUCAAGGACCAGCAAAGGCAGAGCUGCUCUGCUGUCACCUUAGCCAUAGCUCUGCUGUCCCAGGAAACUGGCCACACAGAGUGCGCACCCACAGCUGGCGUGAACCUCCAGGUUCGACUCUCCACCCAGCGUGCCCGCAGCGGCGUGAGCGGCACUGCCACGAAGCCGGUGGGCCCAGAAGCAGAGACCAAGGACGGACGGGGAGCCGGGCUGCUCCCAGAGCAGGUGGCAGGACUGCCCUGGGGACGGGCCCAGGUCCCUGUCUGCCAUGAGGACCACACGGCGGACCGCGGGUUUGCAGGGUGUCUUUGUUUGCAGAAGGCAGAGGGGAAGAGUCUACAUCAGGAACGGCACGGGAAGCACCUCAUGGCUGAGCAUUGCUGUGGUGCUGGCCACAGUGCAGGGCAUGAGGGCACUGAUCUGGACACCUAG